AAUCCAUAAACCCUAAAUUUCAAUUUUAGGGUUCUUCAUUCUUUUAGGGAUGGAGGAGGACGAGCUCGACGAGCUCUUGGACACAAUGCUGGGCCGGAGCGCGAGCGCCAUAGAGGUUUGCAGCACCAGCAGCGCAUCUCCUUCAAAUCCAGGGAUCACAUUUUCAUUUCCCGGCUGGGGAAUCGAUAUGCACACGGAUUCCAAGCGCCAGACGGCGGUGGUGAGGCAUUUUGGAGGCGAUUCCAAGAAAUCUUCCUCUGCCAGGCAGAGAUCCAAGUCGAGCGGGGCGCUUCUGGUCGCUGGGAGCCCUGCUUCCGAAAUUCCAGACGAGGUUCUUCUCAAAAUCUUUACUUUCUUGGAAGUGACCGACUUAUCGGCCUCGCGGCAAGUUUGCAAACGGUGGUACCUUCUGUGCUCAUCGGAUUGUCUCUGGGAGAGAUUUCUCACCUUGAAAGCUUCGAGCACCAGCGAAUUACCCAGGUGGCUAGAACUCAAGCACAGCAUCUCAUCGUUCCGGAUCAGUGCUCGCUAUACAUAUUCGAGAAGAGGCUACGAGAUUUUCAUCGAAGCGAUCGAGGCAUGGUGGCGAGAUGGACAACCGCACGGGAAAUUCAGCUCGUCGGUGCUCUGUCCAUUGAUACGCAAAGUCACGCUCUCGGACUGGUGUGUUUUUUACGAGGUUCUAAGCGCUGCGUUUGCAAAGCGUGCAGAUACUCUUGCAGUCGAGCUCCAGAAACACUCUCAAAGCGGUGGUCGUAGCCACUUUGAUCCGUCUCCGUCGUCGACCGAGAGUUUUCACGGCGAUGGGGUUGCCGGUGUGGAGAUUUGGAGCCGCCUUUGCGGCUUCUGGGAUCGUUAUAUCUCAUGGAUCAAGCUGGUCUCUCUACACUGCGCAGAUUUAAACUACGCUGUCCGACUCGAGAGAGUCCGUACUGUGGAGACUCCGACACUAUAUAGCAAAGGAGUUCUUUGCUUCAGGAGUCAAGUGAUCUUGAGCUAUGGAUUGCGAAAGCUCUUGCAAGCAGGAUUGCUGUGGCUUUCCGCCAGAGAAACGGAAGGCUCGGCUACCGAAGAAGACAUCGAAGUGCUGUGCUCGUUGCAUCAUCUUCUACAGGUGCUUGACGUCUCUGAUGACUUCACGCUACCUGCUGAUAGCUUCACGCAAGCAAAGUUUAGAAGAUGCUUCCUCGACGGUGAAUCGUCGCGGGAUUUCUCGCGGUCUCAAAUUAUAGCUGCUAGAAUGGAACACUUCUAAUCUAUUCUGGAACUUUCUUUGACUUGCUAAACAAAGGAAUGGAUCACAGUUCUAAAGGUA